CAAAAGCGUUCAGUUGUUUCGGUUGGAGUCCAGGUGGUAGAUAAAAGAAACCUCUGAGGUUUAUUCAUUCUUUUUAUAUUUAUUAAGCAUUUCUGUGUUUAAUUCGCACUUGUUUUACGUUUGAAAUGUUUCCUUGAAAUGUCGGUAUGGUGGUGGGGCAAGCGGCUAACGGAGGUGCUACCUGCUGUUUACUUUUGGGAAAGAUCCGCCAUCAUUUUUAAAGAAAAUGAAGAGAAAAGUGGCCAAAUUAAGACUGAGCCCUAACGAAGAGGCUCGGAUAAUAGGAGAGGAGCAUGACAGAAGGAGAAAACUACGAAUACAGCAGGUUCGGGAGCAGCAGCGGUACAUUGCACUGCAGAUCCGCCAGGCGGUUGAGCAGAGGCGGCAGCGUGAGCUGGAGCAGCUGGCAGAGGAGCUGAGGCAGGACUGGGAGCGACAGCAGAGGGAGAAACUCGACACACUGCAGAGGUUAUACCACGAGAGCCUCCAGCUUCUUGGCCAGGGACACAGGAGUGCAAAAGAAAACGAACCUGACUUGGCAGCCAUAGCUCAGAGGCAGGAGGAAAAUCACACCAAAGCAGAGGAGCGUUAUCGAGAAGCUCUGAAGGAGCUGAAAUCACAGAGGCUUAAAGACCAUGAGAGGCAAAGCCAAUUCAUCAAUGCCAGGAAGAAGGCUCUACAGGCAGAAAAGGAAAGAGCAGCAAAGGUGGCCAGCCUGCCACCUCCUCCCCCUAACCCCAUUCAGAACAUUGAUUCCAGGAAGCCACAUGUAGUAAGGAAAUCUGAUGUGAGUGCCUUUGCUGCCACGCAUUACCACAUGUCUGAGACCGCAGUGGACAGAGAGGUAGACACAGAGCAGCAAAAUGCCCAUGAGGAAGCUGAGCUGGAGGUGAGGAGACUGAAGGAGUUACAGAGGGAGGAAAAGAGGAGGAGAGAGGAGCAGCUUGAGAAGGCUCGUCUCAGAGGGAAGCAGGCACUGAGGAAGGAACAGCUUGAGCAGGAUCGUGAGCGCUUGCUUGUUGAACUGGAGCACAUGCAGCAGACAGACCUGCUGAGGAGGAGACAGCUGGUGUCACAGAUGCCUGCUCAGAUCUUCCAGCCUCUCUAUAAGAGACAGGAGACAAGGGAGGACUUCCAGAGGGAGAUGGAGUUUGCCUUUGAGGACAUGUAUACUGGAGAGAGGAGGGUUAAAGGUGACCUGGUGGUCCAGCUGGAACCCGAGCCUCUGCCAGCUCUUUCCACAGGUAGCCAGGACCAAGAGCUCGACAUCACACAGGAUGAAAACACACAACAUGACGCAGAGCAAGAAGCUGCAAGCACUGAGCAGGAAACCUUUGCUCAAGUGGAACCUUCCAGACCUGCUCCUAAACGGGCGUUGAAGAAACUCCUGGAUCGUAUCAGGAGCCAGAGGAACCAGUGGACGGGCCACAACAGUCGUGUCCCUGCAGCUGAUCCACCAACUGUCUUCACUGAUCAAAUCCCAGAGCGGGACACAACCAUCGAGACCGGCUCUCUUACCAGUGAGGAUAAGCACAAACUGCCCCCCAUCGAGCUCCCUGAGCCUGUCCAUCCACCACAACCAUUGGAGAUAUCAGAGCAGUCAAGUGCACCAGAUACUCGACUUCCUGUACUCGCAAACAGAAUCCAAGAAUUUGAAGAAGAACGAAAGAAAAGGGAAGAGGAGCUAGAGAAGGAGAAGCAGCAGCAGGUGGUUUUGCUCCAGGAGCUGGAAGAGCAAAAGGACAAACUGGAGCAGAUGCUGCUCGAGGCUCAGCAGGAGAGAGAACACCUGAAAGCUGCUGUGACCCAGGAAGUGCCUAUUACCCAACCACACGUACCUGUCCAUGAUCGGGAAGUCACCUCUGUCACCCCUGGACAAGACACUGAGCUGGAGCCUCCUACAGGUGAAGAUGACCACACCAGAAGGAUUAGAGAAUACCAACAACGGCUGCUGGAACAGAACAGAAUUCACCAGAGAUCAGUGGAAGUGGCUCGGCAGCGGCUGGACGAAUAUCAGCGAGCUCUAAGAAUUCGUUACAGUAUGACCUCCACAUCGUUUCUGCCUGCUGUCAUUCCACCAGGCCUCAGCCACCCACCUCUGCACAGUACUCAGUCUGUGCAUCUUCCACCUCCACUACAACUCCCUACUCCUGCAGUGCAGUCAUACAUCCAUAAUAGACCACAAACCUCUGUGGAAGUUCCCACAAGAGAGUCUGACAUGCUGGCCUCACCUCCCCAUCUGCCUGGCUCCAGUUUUAGCAGUGACUCCAAGUUGCUGCAGGAUGAAGUGGAAUCUGAUUUGAGUAGUCCAAAGAACCAGAGACCUGACAAGACUGCCUGGCUGACUGACAACAUAAUGGAGAGAGUGACAGAGCACCUUCCUGAGAGAGUGAGACCCUCCUCACACAGUCCAGAGUCACUGCCUCACAAUGUGUUCACAACACAUCAAUCAGCCACCAUCCCACUCCAUCCAACCUCUGAUCCUAUCCGAGCCAUUAGCCCGAGCAUCACAGAUGAUGCACCUUUGGUUCCAGUCCUUGCAGCAGUUAAGCCUCGGACCAUGUCACAUGGGUCCCUGAGCUCCAGAGGGGAUGACGUGGAAAGGCAGAGGCGAGAGCUGCAGGAGGUCCAGAGACAGGUACUGGAGAAGAGGGAGGCAGUGGUGCUGCAGCAGAAGCAGCAAGAAGAGGAGAGGCAGAGACAGGAAGAUCAGCGACUGAGACGAGAAGAGGAGAUGGAGCAGAUGAGGAGGCAAAAGGAGACGUUGCAGGCUCUGAUUCAUACUGAUACACAACCAGUUCCAGAGGCUGCCAGUGAAGAGUUGGUUUCAGAGGACAUCGGUCAGACUCGCCUCAGAUUACUCGUGUCCCUGCUGAGAGCUAUAGAGGAGUCUAACGGCGGAACUUUAUCACACCUAGAAGACCCUCAACAGAAGGAUGGCUCCCCUCAACAACUGCCAUCUAGCAGUGGUGAGACAGAUCUCAUUGCUCAGACCAACGCUCAUGCUGGGCCUGCCCCAGUGUCGGCCCUCCCCUCAGAACCUCCUCCUGUUCGAGCAGCAAAGCCCCCGGUGACCCGUGUCAGGCUGGGAAUCACGGAGAUGAUGACUGAACAACAUGAACUCAGUGCUAUUCAAGAGGUGGAGACGCCAUUCAACAGCAGCGAAAUCACAGGCCCAGAGGAUAGCAUGAAGGUUCCUUCAUACACUGUAGACUGGGAUCUGCAGGAGGAAUCAGAUUUGUCUGACACCUCUAACAGGACUUCACAGACACCCUCUGUGUCCAGCAGUGAUCAGCGGACUGCUGAAAGACCAACCGGCUCUAGGACAAGCUCAAGGAGAUCCAGCCAUCUCCUCUGGAGGGAGAGACCGCUGAUGGGGGCAGAAUCUUCAGAGUCUGAUUCAGCCAUGAGAAUAAUCUCACCGCUUUCCUCUGACUCUGGGAGAGGAGCCGACUACUCUGGUCCUGCAAUCACAAGCUACAGGUCCUACACAGAGUCUCCCCCUAGGCCUCCUGAUUCUGACUGUCUCUCAUCCACCACCAUCUCCACCGGCAGCUACAUCACCACGGAUCCUGAGCAGAACACUGAUAAAUCUCCACCUGUCAGACACUGUGAGGAAGGACGAGGAGCAGAUUUACUUGACGUCUUCUCUCCAUCUGGUCAAAGCUCCUGUAAGAAGGACAGCUCAGCUGCAGGCCAUCCUGCUGUGGCUGUAGACUCUCUGUUUAAUGACAGCAGCAUCCAGCGCAUUAUUGACAGAUACACGAGGGAGCUAAACAUCUCCCUCAGCACCGCUGGGAGAACCACAGACAGUGAAGGCUCAUAUCUGGAGGAACCUGGGUCUUCACUUUCACAGCAGUCUUUGGUUCAAGACUCAGAGAGCAAAGGGGAGCAUGAAGGCUCUGCAGGUCGUCGGUCUCUUCCCCCAGACACAGCAGGAACACAGACAAGUGGCUUGGAAGGGGAAAAUACAGCCAAUCAAAUCCUGGAACACUUCUCAGGUGAGGACCCAUCACAGGCUGAGGACCCAGAGCAGGACUCUUUCAGGCCUCUGAUAGGCCAGGUGGCCAACCAAUCAUCCUGUCUCGCUGCUGACCAGAGGGACUCGGCCAUGGAGCAACUGGUUGGUCAACCCUCUGCUCACUCGUCCAUGAUCGGUCGCCUUCCAGGUCUGCCAGCUUCAGUGAGCAUGGAUCAAGGUGGAUGGGAUUCCACUCUAAGCCGGAUGAUUGGUCGACUCUCUCAUCAGUCCAGCUCUAAUUGGCUGAGUGGUGGGCAGGAUUUUUAUGCUGGUCAACUGAUGGGGCAGAUGGCGCUGGAGCCGUCGACCACAUGGCUGGAUGAUGGUCAGGAGGAGAGCCUGAUGAGACCGCUGGUUGGGGAGCUUGAUAAUCAGCACAGUGGAAGCUCAGGUGAAAGUACCCACGUAGAUCUUGGUGUCUCAACUGAGGCCAGUUUGCCGUCAUACCCUGCAUUGCCUCCUGAAGCUUCGUCACAAAGUGCCACUGUCCCGGGUGUGAGUCCACAUCCAGAAAACCAGAUACUGCAGAACCAAACCAGUCUGAUGGACUUGGGCCCAGAGAGGACUGAAGUUUUUCCAGGCUCAGACUCCUUCCAUCCGCUACUGGCUGAGGUCACCCACAAUGAAACAGCCGACCCCUCCAUGACCUUUCACCUGCUCGAACGCAAUGUGCCUAACUCUCUUGAAGCACAGCCAGGUAGUGGGGAAAGCAGUGUCUCCACACCUUUCGAAGAGUCUAAAACGCACUCUGAUCCUUCUGUUGAGUCUGAACCGUCACCUGAACACCUUCGAACAGAGAAGCCUGCCUUACAUGAAUCGUCCCAGUGCCGGCUCCAAGAGUCUGUCCUCGUGUUGGAUGACACCAUGAGGACUAAUGUGGAGCCAACAGCUCUGUAUCUGUCAAACCUAUCCAUGUGUGAUGAUACAGCUGCUUUGGGUCUUCAGCAGUCAACAGGAAGGGAUGCAGAAAAGCCUCAAGAUCCAGUCCCAUUCAGUGACCUUUGUGCUGAAGAACUGAAGUCUGUGCAGGGUUCAAACCUGAGGAAUGAUAUUCCAGCUUCAGAUAAGAUAUUGGAGGUGGGCAGUGAGAAGGGGAUCCUGGAGGAGUCAGAGAUAACAUUAGUGAGCCUGACAGACACCACACUGCAGGACCAAGAGACGAGCAUCACUGAGGAAGAGGGAAUUUGGGAAGGCAAACAUCCGGAUGGAGUGAGGGAGGAAGGACGGACAGGCCAAGAGAUGGAGAGUACAGAAUCCACAUUGAUACCAGAAGAGACGCUAGAGGACAAGGACCAAACGCAUCCAGUGAUGUUCCUGGACUUUCAGUGGGGUCCUAGCAGAGGUCUGCAGGAGGUCAACCAGCAGAAGCGCAGAGCUCUGCUCCAGAGAUCAUCCCGCAGGGUGGAAGACAUCAAGGCCAAAGCGGCUCUCAUCAAGAUUCAGCCUGAGAAACAAUUUCCAUCUGAAGCCAGAGAGCAAUCUAAAACUGAGGAAUCUAAACCAGUCACUCGCAAGGCAAAGACUAAACCAGAGCCUCAACAUAAGACUAAUAAGUCAAACAGAGGCCAAGCUGAGCAGCAGCAGACCACUGAGAAGUCUGACUUCAUCAAGCAGCAAAAGCCCCAGCUUCCCCCUCCAGUGAACGAUUCCAAGCUGAAAAAGGUGGAUGAAGUGAGAUGCUACACACAAGAGCAAAGGAAACGGGAUGUUUCUGAGAUGCACCAGAGAACUCAGAGACUGUAUGAGCAGCUGGAGGAGGUGAAGAAUCAGAAAACAAUCAGGAGCCGACAGGAAGCUUAUGCGAAAAACAGAUUGAAAGCCAAGGAAUUCCACAAGAAAACCUUACAGAAGCUUCGUGCCAAGCAGAUUCAGCAGUGACCGACUUUGAAUGUGUUCUAGUUUUACUUCUGUAAAUUUAAGUUAAUUUGUAAAGUUUUUAUCAAUAAAGCAUUUAAGUUAUUUAAUAUA